AUGAAUCAUCUUCCCCAGAAGAAUCACCUGCCACCACGCCCUGCCAGCUGCUCUCAGCUGUCCUUGGCAGAGAGCCUGUCCAUGGACGGCUUUUGGAAGGAGGUGGAAUGGAUCCAGCAGAGGGAUGAGCUGAGAGAGGAGGUCUGCGGCGAGGGCGGAGGUCAGUUCCCGGCAGAAGUGGAAGCUGAGUCCCAGUGGCUGCAGGACAUAGGCCUGUCAGGCCUCCUUGGUGACCAGGGAUUGGACGGUGGUCACCAGGAGCUCCUGUCCACCCUGACACAGACCCAAGUGGCCGCUGUGUGCCGCCGGUUGGAUAUCUAUACUCACUCAGCCCAAAGACGACACAAGGCACCUAUUAGAGAUGUCAGGGACAUCUUUGGGGUCUUUAAUUCAGGGAAUGUGUGUUCAGAGAAUGGGGACUCAAGUAUGAAAUGGGCCUGGCUCAGUUCUGGAGAUUCUAAGUCUCUUUUGGUUGCAGAACCUGGGGGCACACAGGAGCAGACUGAGAGGGAAGAAGUCUUCGACAUGGACUCUGCCUACUCAGAACAAGCUGCGGUGCUCCUGCAGAGGGCCAGGCCAUCCCUGGGAAGCACCUGCCCCUGGGACAGGGGUUCCCUGCCGAUGUUUGGAAUCCCCAAGAGCAGGCUCGGCGUGACAAGGAUAGGAGACCUGUCCCUUCAGGAUAUGAAGAAGGUCCCUUCUCUGGCCCUCAUAGAGCUGACUGCGCUCUGUGACGUCCUCGGCUUGGACCUGAAGAGGAGCAAGGCAGGGAAGCGGAAAGCGACAGAAACUCACCUCUUUGGCGUGCCCCUCGACAGCCUGCUGGAAGCAGACCACAAAGUCCUCCCCAGCACACAGGUCCCGCUGGUACUGCAGGCCCUGCUGUCCUGUUUGGAAAAGAGAGGGCUGAACAUGGAAGGCAUUCUCAGGGUGCCUGGAUCCCAGGCCAGGGUCAAGGGGCUGGAACAGAAGCUGGAGAGAGACUUCUAUGCGGGUCUUUUUAGCUGGGACGAGGUCCAUCACAAUGAUGCAUCGGACCUGCUCAAGAGGUUCAUCCGGAAGCUGCCAACGCCUCUGCUCACGGCUGAGUACCUCCCGGCGUUCGCCGUGGCGUCCCGCAUCCCUGACCUGAAGCAGCGCCUGCAGGCUCUUCACCUGCUCAUCCUCAUCCUCCCAGAAGCCAACAGAAACACCUUGAAGGCACUCCUGGAAUUCCUCAGGAAGGUGGUGGCCCAGGAACAGCACAACAAGAUGACACUGUGGAGUGUUUCCACAGUGAUGGCCCCUAACCUCUUCCUGCAUCAAGGGAGGCCCCUCAAACUCCCCAAAGGCAAGGAGAAGCAGCUGGCAGAGGGAGCAGCUGAGGUGGUGCAGAUGAUGGUGCACUACCAGGAUCUGCUGUGGACGGUCGCCUCUUUCUUGGUGGCCCAGGUGCGAAAACUGAACGACGGCCGCAGCCGGCGCCCCCAACUCUGCGACGCGGGCCUCAAGACUUGGUUGCGGAGGAUACACGCAGACAGGGACAAGCCGGGGGACGGCCCCGAGGCGACUCCCAAGGUGGCAAAGAUCCAGGUGGCCUGGCCUAUCAAGGACCCCCUGAAAGUGCCUCUGACCCCCAGCACCAAAGUGGCCCAUGUCCUGAGGCAGUUCAUGGAGCACCUCAGCCCCGGUUCAAAAGGUCAAGAGGGCAGUGAGGACUCAGACAGCCUCCUCCUACACCUCAGGUCCAUGGAGUCAGCCAACCUCCUCCUCUAUGAAGUUGGGGGGAAUAUCGGUGAGCAUCGCCUGGACCCAGAUGCCUACCUCGUAGAUCUGUACCGUGCCAACCCCCAUGGCGAAUGGGUCAUUAAACAGAGCCCCGUCUAAGUCCUGGGGCUCUCAGGAGUAGCCCUGGCUGCCUCACCCGGCCCCUACCAGCUCUGUGCCCAGCAUGGAAGCAAAGCUAUUUACGGGGAAGGUCUGUGUCUUCCUUCUUUUCUGAACUGCCUCUCAGACCCUGAAAUGGACUCAGGGCAGGGCUGUCUCCUCCCGUU